AUGACGGAGAUGAAGAAAGUAGAUAAACCUCGGCCCAUAUUUGAUAGAGGAGGUUUGGAUAAGUACAAGUAUUGCGCCUUCCAUGAUGGAUCGGGUCACAACACUGAUCGAUGCUGGGAUCUCCGAGAUGUUGUGGAGAAAUUUGUUAGAGAGGGGAAACUACGCCAGUAUGUGAUCAAAAAUCAGGGUGCCAAAAACAACAAAAGAAAGUCUGGAAAUCGGAAGAGGAGCAAGAGUCCGGUCCCUGAGAAGAAAAAGAAAGAAGAAAGGAACCAGAAAGAUGAUUCCAAUAACGAUGAAUUCCCGGUAGCCGAAUUCGAUUAUAAUGUAAUCAGUGGAGCUUUGGGAGGAGGAGGAGACACGGUAAGUGCUAGGCGAAAGUACCUAAAAGAAGUGUUGUCGAUCCGAGAUCGUCCUAAAUUUAAGGAAAAUCCCAGCAAACCAGAUCCUCUUCUGCUCUAUUUUACAAAGGAAGAUAUGCAAGGGGUUUUGCCAGGGCAUGUAGAUGGACUAGUUGUCACUGAACCCUGGUGA